AUGUCCUUCCCUGUCGCCGUCCAGUCGGCCGUCUUCUACUUGGUCGCCUGCACGCCAUGUGCAAAGGUCCGCCACCGCCAAAAGGCCAAGGGCCAGGCCAAGAAGGAGAGGCAGGAAAAGGCAAAGCUCGAGACGGAGCAGCCCGGCCUCUACCGCCACCCCUCACCCUUCAACACGAACCCAUACUGGCAGGACGAGAUUAGCAUGGGCCCCAGCCUGCCCAAGAAGGCCGUCAGCAAGAACUCGAGCCAGCGCGGCCUCACCAGCUCCGGCAGGGAGAGUAGCAGCAUCCCGAGCAUGUCGGAGCACACCGCCAUGGGCGACAGCCGCACAAACUUUGGCGACAGCCCGUCCACCAUGCCCGAGGACGACGCCGUCUCCGAUGACUGGAACACGCGACGCGGCUACCAGCGCGAGGACGAGGAGCUGUGGGGUCAGUUUGGUGCCUCAGGCACAAGGCUCAUGGACGCCUUCUCCAAGGCCCGUGACUCGGCCGGCAGGCUCAUCGAUGCCACCCUCGGCAUCGAUAAGGAGGUGACGGAUCAAGAGCGUCACGACUUUUACUUUUCCCCCAGGAACCCCCCCGUCAACGACUACCACCCCCCCGUCGUCAGCAGCAAACCCCCCCACCGCGACGCGCGCAAGUGGAUGCUCCAGCCGCCCCCACCGGCCAAGAUCAUGGAGGGCAAAGUCCCCGUCUCGCGCGCCGUCAGCAGCGGGAGCAAGUCGAGCGGGAGGACAAUGGGUUCCGACGAGACUCAGGCCGGCCGCGCGCUGCAGGACAAGCUGGCACAGGAGCGGUCGAGGAAGGAGAGCAACCCGACCGAGAGGGAGCUGAUCGAGUCCCUCUUCCGACCCCGGAGCCGGCGCUCCACGAACUACGCGCGCAGCCGGAGCCUGUCGCUCAACGAAUCCGACGACUCGCAAGAGAACCCCUUUGACAGGCGCAAGAAGAGCCGACGGCGCCCGCGCCCCGCCCACCACGGUCUCGACUCGGACGACGAGGAGGGCGCUACCCAGCCGCACAUCACCGACGUGGCCAGCCGCUCCACGAGCGGUUCGACACGAGCCGCGCGCCGGCCGAAGCUGGAGACGAUUCCCAGCAUGGACGCCGGCGAAGGUGGCCAGACCAUGUCGCGAAAAUCCACCAAACGACAAAAGUCGCGGAGGAACAGGACCACGACCUGGGCAAACUCGCCCGUCGGCGACGACACGGAGUAG